CUCAGUCUGUGCCUCCCCACCCCACAGCAAAGUGCAGCUCCAUGCAAAGAGAUUGAUAGGAUAAGCCCUGAGCUGCUGCUGCUGCUGCUGCUUCACACUUCACUCUAUUCCCCCCUCCGUUCUGUUUGUGCAAUGAGUGCGACUGAGAACUGUCACUUCCCAGGAGUGUUCCCCUGACAGCCUCCCGCUCUGUGCAACAAGGGAAACCUGUAGAACAGCGUCCUGACUAUUGCGUGCCUGGAACUGCUCAUGAGUGGCGCCCACAUAACUUUAGGCACAGAAGCCUGACUAUCCCCACGGUCACCGCCACCUUGGCUGCUGUCUCCAGGUCAGUUCCAGACAAAAAGCAUGGCAAAGAUUAGUUUCUGAAGACAAUGACCUGAAGAACCAGACCGUCUGUUCAGAAAACAGGUUGGACAUGACUUAGAAAAACAGGCCUCGUAAGAAGGAGAAAAAAACAAGACAGGCAUAAUGUCCCAAAUCCUAAGUGCCAGCAACAGACUGAAGUCUGUUAACCUGCACAGUGCAGAUUCAGAAACAUGCACUAUGGUCUUCAAGAACCACUGGAAUCAGGUCCAGCGUAUUUUAGAGAGCCACGAUCCUUUUAAGAAUACUCAGGCCAAAUAUAGACAGAUUUCUGGUGACGAAGUCAGUGCCGUACAGAAUUAUGUUGAGCAUAUGCUCAUGCUUUUAAUUGAGGAAGAGGUGACGGAUGCUGCCAUGGGACCAAUUCUGGAAUUUGUUGUGUCUGAGAAUAUUAUGGAAAAGCUGUUCUUGUGGAGCCUUAGGAGAGAAUUUACAGAUGAAACAAAGCAUGAACAGCUCAAGAUGUAUGAGUUAUUGAUCACUCAGUCUCAUCAACCCUUGCUUCAUCACAAACCAAUUCUGAAACCUCUGAUGAUGUUACUAAGUGCUUGCUCUGGUACAUCUACUCCAGUGGUUGAGACAAAACUGGCUGUUCUUCUUAAUCAACUCUGCUCAAUUCUUGCCAAAGAUCCAUCUAUCUUAGAACUGUUUUUCCACACUAGUGAAGACCAAGGAGCUGCCAAUUUUCUUAUCUUCUCUCUCCUAAUACCAUUUAUCCAUAGAGAAGGCACAGUGGGGCAACAGGCUCGGGAUGCUUUGCUGUUCAUCAUGUCUCUGUCUGCCGAGAAUAACGUUGUCGCUAAACACAUUGUCGAGAGCACCUAUUUCUGCCCAGUUCUUGCCACAGGACUCAGUGGCCUUUACUCCUCUUUACCCACAAAGUUAGAUGACAAAGGGGAGGAGUGGCAUUGUCUGCUGAAGGAAGAUUGUCAACAGAUUCCUGAACUCAUCCAGUUCCAGAAUUCUCUAGAGUUCUGCAAUGCAGUAAUACAGGUGGCUCAUCCUCUUAUCCGUGCCCAGCUUGUAGAUUAUAUAUACAAUGGUUUCCUGUUACCGGUAAUGGCUCCUGCAUUGCAUAAGGUGACUGUGGAGGAAGUAAUGACUACUACUGCUUAUCUGGAUCUGUUCCUGCGAAGUGUCUCAGAACCCAUCCUACUUAAGAUUUUACUUCGUUUUAUUCUGAUUCAUCAACAUGAGAAGGUGCACAUCCUAGAUACACUGGUUAGUCGUAUCAAUACCCCAUUUCGGCUUUGUGUUGUGUCCUUGGCAUUAUUCCGAACUCUUAUUGGUUUACAUUGUGAAGACGUGAUGUUACAACUCAUUUUGAGGUAUUUAAUCCCUUGCAAUCAUGUAAUGGUCACUCAGCGAUCGUCUGUCAGAGAGCAAGACUGCUAUUCUGCAUGUGCAGCAAAGUUCAUGUCUUUGGCUCCUGAAUGCUGCGUUAUUACUGUCAGUAGCACUGGAUAUUUGGAGAGAAGGCAGAACAUGUAUUCUAAGCUCAGACAAAGGACAGAUUCUGAUGAUUCCAAGCCUUCUUCAAGUUUAUACGAGAAGGAUACCUUGAUGGAUGGUGAUUGUGCAGAACCGGUUGAUGAUAACUACCUUGAGUACUUGUGGGAAGCUCAUGAAAAUAUUCUGAAAUGCUUAGAAGACUGUAAAGUUUGGUCUGCCCCAUACGAUGGACAAAACCCAGAUCCUGAAACCUCCUUUAAAGCUCUUAUGGAGGAUAAUUGUAGAAGAGGGGAGUUUCCAACAUUCAGACGUGCAAAUAGACAAUAUAUGGAUUCAUUUUCCUCUGAGACACCAUCUCUAGGAGGUAAAACUCUGAUAGACCUUGAAUGGGAUGACAGUUAUGAUACUGGGAUGACUCCUGACUCUGGAAGUUGCUCCCCUCAACCAUCAAUUGAUGCAAAUUUACCACCAGAGCUUCCUCACCAUAUUCAAGAGAUGAAGCGGAAUGCGAUUAUGUUCAUCAAGGGAUCGUAUGUUGAAGAAUCAGAUUUUCAGGAUGAUGUAAUGGUUUACAGAUUAUGUGCUCAGAAGGAUGCUAAUGAUGCAAAUAUGCAGGAUAUAUCAGACAAAAAUGAUCAAGAGAAAAAUGAUACAUUUUCAAAACCUCAGGAAGGAAACCAGACCAACACAAACAACAAUAAAAAUGCAAAUCUAAAUGAUGACACUGUAAAAAAACAGGUUAAACAAACAGUACCAAAAAUAGAGAUUCAGCUUUCUUCUGCAGCAGAUGAUAUCUCUAAUAUGAAUACGCUAAGCCCCGACAGCGAGGAAUUUAUUGCAAGGUAUGAUGACCUGCUCAAUGGACUGAAAACCUCAACAUCGGACGAGAUUGUUUCUCCAGUUCACAGUUUGGCUUCUCCAAUGGAAGAAGAUGAGGAUGAGUUUGACAAAUAUUCUUUGGACAUACCACAGGCAGAGAGCAUGCCAUCGCCAUUUGGGCCACGAGAUGCAUCUAUAUUUACUAAUUAUCUUCCAAGGCCUCAGGGUGCUCCAUUUACUGGACCAUUCAUCAGUGUUGUACUGUCAAAACUAGAGAACAUGCUGGAAAACUCCUUGCAUGUUAAUCUACUGUUGAUUGGGAUAAUUACUCAGCUUGCCACCUAUCCCCAGCCACUCAUCAGAUCUUUUCUGCUCAACACCAACAUAGUCUUUCAGCCCAGUGUGCGAUCUCUAUAUCAGGUGCUGGCCUCUGUCAAACAGAAAAUUGAGCAAUUUGCUACAACACAGCAGAAUUUUCCAGUGCUCUUUGCAGAAGCUCAGCAGUACCUGCUUUCUCGCAUGGACAUGCCUAACCAGUCUGGAGAUACAUUUACCAAAGACAACACACAGAUGAUGUCAAACGCAGAGAAAGAACCUGUUGCUGCAGAAUCUUCCAAAGGAGUAGUACAAACAUCAAAGGAACAUAGAGCAAACACUUCACUACCUCUUUCGGGAGCAUUUAAAAAAAACAAGGAUGUUAUGCUGGCUGCUGUCCUGUUUCCAGAAUUCCUAAAAGAACUUGCUGCUUUAGCCCAAGAACAUUCUGUGUUACAUUCUUUCCAUCACUAGUUGCCGGGGGGUUAUUAUGUACAUUUGUCUUUUUUUUUUAACAGUGUAAAGUUUGCUGUUAGAUGAGUUUGUAUUUUUGUGGGACUGAAAAUACUUCCUGUAAUACUUGAUAGGUGAAUGCUCUGGCCAGAACUAUUUUAUUAGAGGGGAUAUGGUUUAGAAGGUGGCCAUUUGCUUUAAUAUAUAUAUAUAUAUAUAUAUAUAUAUAUAUAUAUAUAUAUAUAUAUAUAUAUAUAAUAUAUAUAUAUAUAUAUAUAUAUAUAUAUAUAUAUAUAUAUAUAUAUAUAUAUAUAU